UGAAGCAGUGAUAUUGUCAUGCCAAAGACAGCAUAAGGCCUGCAAUGGUUGUGUUUCUGUCUGUCUGCUUGCUGAGUCAUGGGAUUUCCCAGCUGCACCAGUUGUAAAGUGCUGGGAGAUUAAGAAUGGCUAGGUCUUCAAGACAGAAACCUUACUACUGCUUGUUUAGAAAGAUGGAUACAACAAAGAGGGCAAUAGAUGAGGUGGGAGGCUCAUAAGGAAUGGCUGGGAAACUGUGCUGCCAUCUCUGAUGUUCGCUUCAGCCUCUGUUCCCUCUUGGUAGGGCUUCCCUUGUUCUUCAGUAGCUGCUCAACAUAAUCCUCUUUAUUUACUUUUACUGACUCUGUGGUCUCUAUCAUACUAUACAAUAUAAUCUAAUGAUUUGAUCAAAUUUAAUGAUUCAUCUAAAAUAUACUGUUUUCAUUUUUCUGGUGCAGAUUUAAACCUUAUGGAAAGCCUUGAACGAAUUUAGGAUGCUUAGAAGUAGUUCUGUUAAACAAUCAUUCUUUUGUAAAGUAAAAAAAAAGAAGACCAGGACAGGAGAAUGAAGCUACUGUGAGAAGAAUUUGAGGAAUUAGUCAGUAGGGAACUAAUUUUUAGAGAUAAAUGAAUAAAAUAAGGGCAUAUUAUCUACCUGUAGCAGGCAGAGAUAUGUAUCACAGUGCUUUGGUGUGUAAUUUUAAACAUCACACUGCACACAACAAUUAACAUGCCUUCUGAGCCAGUCAGCACAUUUCUGUAAGUGUCUUUGGGACCCGAAGUCUUGAUUAUCAGGUCUUCCCAAAGGAAUACCAGCACUUGCCUCUUCUACAUCAGUAUUGCAACAUCUUGCAUUACUUCACCUAUAUGAAUAUCAACCUAAAAACAGAAGACAAGCUUGUGCAAAUCAUUGACAAAUUCAGAAAAAUGUGUGUUUGUGCAUGCUUGUGUGUGUGUGCAUGCGCACGGAUGCUCUAAGCCCAGAUGUGAGCUGAAAGCUGGCUGGCUGCAUCACUUUCUAAGCAGUGUACUGAGGCAUCAGAACUGUAGACUUUUGUCUAUGUGUGUGUGCAUGUGGACUUGCAAGCCGAUUCCAGUGUAGCUGCAGUCACCUCAUGCAUAGUCAAGGGGGAGAAUCUCAAACUCCACAGAAAGACACAGUGCUCUUCUCUGCCGCUAAUUGUAUCUGUGGAGCAGACUGAAGAAGGUGCCGGAGAGCCAAUAUCAGGGUACGAAAGCCUGCCUGCUGUGCUGGGUGCCCUGGAGAAACAAGACCAUCUCGACGAACACCCCUGACACACAGCACGCAGCAGAACAAAACAAAGAGGCCAUGGCUGACAAGCUAAAGGAUACAGGGACUCUUGGCUUCUUGGAGGCAGCUGUGAAAAUCAGUCACACAUCCCCAGAUAUUCCAGCAGAGGUCCAGAUGUCGAUGAAAGACCAUCUCAUGAGGCGCACGCGGAUACAGCGGCAAACAACAGAGCCCGCAUCAUCAACCAGGCACAUUUCCUUCAAAAGGCACCUACCCCGGCAGAUGCACGUUUCCAGCGUGGACUAUGGCACAGAACUACCACUUGCAGCCGAGCAGCCAACUUGCAUUGGCCGUAUCAAACCAGAACUGUACAAACAGAAAUCUGUGGACUCUGAGGAUCCAAAGAAAGAAGCAGAAAAAACUUGUGGAAAAAUAAAUUUUGCUUUGAAAUAUGACUAUGAGAUUGAGACCUUGAUUGUGCGAAUUGUCAAGGCUUUUGACUUGCCUGCCAAGGACCUCUGUGGCAGUUCGGACCCUUAUGUCAAGAUCUACCUCUUGCCAGACAGGAAGCGCAAGUUCCAAACCCGCGUACAUAGGAAAACUCUCAAUCCCACCUUUGAUGAGUCCUUUCAGUUUCCUGUGCCAUACGAAGAGCUGGCUGACAGGAAGCUCCACCUUAGCGUCUUUGACUUUGACAGGUUUUCCCGGCAUGACAUGAUCGGGGAAGUGAUCUUAGAGAACCUCUUUGAGGCUUCAGAUCUUUCUCGGGAAACCUCCAUCUGGAAGGAUAUUCAGUAUGCUACAACUGAAAGUGUGGACCUGGGGGAGAUCAUGUUUUCCCUUUGUUAUCUGCCAACUGCAGGUCGCCUCACUUUAACAGUCAUUAAAUGCAGAAAUCUAAAAGCAAUGGAUAUAACUGGUUACUCAGAUCCUUAUGUCAAAGUGUCUUUACUCUGUGAUGGAAGGAGGCUGAAAAAGAAGAAAACCACCAUAAAGAGAAACACACUUAAUCCUACCUACAAUGAGGCAAUAAUCUUUGAUAUCCCGCCAGAGAACAUGGACCAAGUCAGUCUGCUUAUCUCGGUUAUGGAUUAUGACCGAGUUGGCCAUAAUGAGAUUAUUGGAGUUUGUCGUGUAGCAAACAGUGCUGAAGGGCUAGGUCGAGACCACUGGAAUGAAAUGCUGGCUUACCCACGCAAACCGAUUGCACAUUGGCACCCACUAGUGGAGGAAAAGAAAUCCUAUAAGGAUUGGCAUGGCAGAGCAGCCAGCUUUGACAGCCAAGGUUCCUGCCCCUCUCCCAAACCACCUCCAACGCCAUGACACAUCAGAAGAUGAAUACAAUGGGACUCAGCCAAUUCCUCUCAUUUGGGGUUGGUAUUUUACCAUGUGUCCUGAAUUCUAAAGCAACCUGUUGCUGAAUAGCUGAAGAACCAGACACCAGAGACUGAGAAGAGUGACAAAAGGCAGCAGAAUUGUUUUGUGGUCAUAUUUGUCUUAGUUAUUUAUGUCUCUCAAGGUGAUGUUCUCUGUGGUUUUUACUUUUUGGACAUAGCUGCCUGGAGGGGAAGAGUUUGACAAAUGAGACAUAGGCUGGAAUUCUGGCCUGUAAAAUAACAUGUAAAAUAGCUAUUUGUUCAUGUGUGAAAAAGGAUGAAUAGUAGAGAAGUAUUGACAUUAUGUUGGUUUAAGGUAGAGAGUGAGCUUGAAAACAUGAGAAGGCUUAGGUAAGACUCCUUGUGUCAUGUGAAGACCCUUUGUUAUUGUACACAGUGACACAUUACAAGUUUUCUUCUUCAUAAUGUGAUGUUCAUGGAGUCUGUGAAAUGUGCAUCCCAGCCUGCCCUAUGGUGUUUUUUAAAGAGUUGCUAAUUCCUCAGGGAAAAAAUUAACAAUUUUUCUGUAUUUAUGUUCUCUUGAGAACCUUUUGCAUGAGCUCUGUUGCUUUGGGUCCUGCCCAGUCCUGCUGCUGUUCAAGAACUGGUCACAGCUUUGUGAUUUAAACAUCAGUCCCUCCCUUCCAAAACCUCUUGAUUCCUGCCCAUAUUCCUGUUUUUCUUGAAAAUUCUGAAAAUGGAUGAAUUUGCAAAAUUGUUGUGCUCUCCUGCACUAUUUUGUGAACAAGGAUUUUUAACAGAGCCUAUUUUUUCUUUGGUCUAUCUGCUGCCAGAAAAAUAAACUGAAAUAAUUUGACUCAAUCAAGUCAGAUCUGUAAUAUCUGGCACAUUCAACUUUCCCUAUAAACUUAAAAAGGUAAAAAAUAAAUUUGCAAAAACUGAAAAUACUACUGUAUAUACUCAUGUUUACAUAAAUUUUAUUUUUAGAAAUCAACUCAAAAAUUCUCUGUUGACUUACCUUAACUCAUAUUAAAAAAAAGGAGCCAUCCACUUCGCUGAGUGAAAUAGCAAAAGGUUAGAGCAUAGUCUGUUCCUCUCCUCACCCUGCCAUGAUGCCAUUCCUUCCCUUUUUGAAUGGCUGGGUAGGGAAAUGGCAGCGGCUUCCAGAGGAGGCCAGGCCCCUGAGGCAACAUUGAUGCUUUCCCCUCGAUGGGUCAUGCCAAAUAACAUCCAUAAUGAUGGUCCCCAAACCUGCUCUUGACUUAUACAUGAGGUCGACAUACAUGAGUAUAUAUGGUAUGAUGAAGUAGAGUUCUAAAAAUAAUUAUUUAUGACCAGUUCAAAUACCUUUGUUUGUCAGAUCACAAGGCUGUCACAUGGCAUUCUUCUUGGCCUGGUCUUGAGGGUGCUAACAACUGCAUGAUACAAUACUGCAGGGACUCCCAUUCUAUUGCCAUUCUGGCUUGCAUAGCUAACAGUGCAGUUGCUUUGGGGCGUUUGCUGCUCUUCUCCUUCCCCUGUACUGAAUUAGUUUCUUAUAGUGCAGUAUCCACAUGUAACAUCCCAUGGAUUAUACAAGACUGACAUAGCUAUCUCUGGGAACUUAAAGUGUUAGGUUUGUUUGUCUGUCUGAACUACUCUUUCUAGAUCACCUUUUUAAACAAUUAUGUUUAUUUUCUCAGGAGGGCAAGCACUGCUACAUGUUCCCUCCACAGCCAAUCAGCAUGACUGCAAGAAUCUCAUGUUGUGAAUUUUAGCAAUUGCUUUUUUCAAUGCAGUUCCUAAAAGUCAGAUUAUAUUAAAUCUAUUUCUGCUCAGGCCUGGUACAUACUUUACCUCCAGUGUCAUGGCAACUUCUAUAACAUAUGUUUCUAUGACUCUCUUGGUAAUCAUUGAAAGAGAACAGAAGUGUUGAUGUAGAUCCUAUCCAAAGCUUGGAAAGGUUACUUUUUGAACAUCAACUUCUAGGAUCUGUAAGUUAGCAUGGUUAAUGGCUGUGCGAGCCAUUCUGGGAGCUAUUGUCCAAAAAAAGGGAUGCUUUCCAAGCUCUUCUAUCUACACCAUUUCCCUAAGUAAUAUAUGUAGAUUGGUUAGCACCAACUUUUGGCAAAUAGCUAAGAUAGGCAGUGGUGAAGUUGAAGGAGCAUAGAAGUAUCUAGUGCAGAUGUUGCCUUGUAAUUCAAUACAUAGAAUCAAGUUUUUUAAAAAAACAAACAAAAACAGAAUAAUAAUAAUAAUAAUAAUAAUAAUGCUUUAUUUAUUGCCCGCCCUAUCUCCCUGGAGGGACUCAGGGUGGCUUAAAACAAAAUAAAACACAGUAGCAAACAUUCAAUGCCAAUAUACCAAUACAAGUGAUCCCAAAUAAAAAUGCUAGCUCAUAGGACUUUCAUUACGCACCAUUGUUCAUCCUGGUGUUAAUAAUACUGAAUUUUAAACAUCAACAUCUAAGGAAGCUAAACACAUUUAAUGAGAUCGCAAUCCUAGGUCCAGUUCUUCAAAAGAAAAAAGUUGCCAGAGGCAACAAUAUCCCAUACAGCGUUUGGAAAAAUGUUUUUUAAAACUUUCAUUUCCAGAAUCCCUCCCAAACUAGACUGUGCUGAUGAACAUAAUUAUGUUUACAGUUCCUCCAUUCUUGUGCUCAUUCAUCUAAAUCCAAUUGCUAGCAGGGGGUAAUCACCAGUGGAUCUACCACGGUAUUUAACUGCUGCGCUUCCUACAACUGCUCUGAGUUGAAUGGAACUCAGUCAGUGCCAAACUAGGGUCUAGUGCCAAACCAGUGUCGGAGCAGUUAUAGGAAGUGCAGAGGAGAAAUCUGAAAUACGCCUGCAGCACUGGAUCCUCCAGACAGCCUGGCUGCUGGUUUUAACCAGCAACUGCAGCAACAGAAUUUACCUAAAUGUUGUCUUGCUAUUCAGCAACCAAUUCAAUGUUUAUUCUCUAGCUGGUCAAGCAAUUAGCUUUAAGUCAUUUUUUUCUAUGGUCCUUAACUAUGAGAUAGAUGGCAGCCAAUAUCUUUUGCUUAUAGGUUCUACUAUGCUUUCCACUUCAUGCAUAACAAGCUUUUAUAUCUUUUGAGUGAUAUUCGGGAAAAAAUUUCUUUUACCUUGAAAUGAUUAUUACCUGGAAAGUAAUAAUAAUAAGUGAGAACACUUCUGUGAAGUCAGAAACGUUCUUACACUGUCAUUGUACAUUUCUAGUCAACCGGGUUAGGAGAGAAUUGAAUCCAACAAAUUAAAUGAGGAGGGGGAACCCUCCCUGAAAUCCAACCUUGCCCAUUAGCCACACUCUGUGUUAAUGUUCUGGCUCACUGAUCUAUAAACUUUCCAGACUUGUGUAUAUAACUUUGCAGGGAAAUUUUGUUCAGUGAGAGACCAAUUUGUUCUAGCUCCUACUACACCUUGUGUCUUAAUUUUCUCUGUAUGUGCCACAUGCUGCAGGAGCAUCAGUCUAAUAAAAUGACUUUUUUGAAACCUC